GUUCGUAGAUGAAUGCAAUAAGAUCAGUUCGAUUAGAGAAGUACACCUAAAUUUGAGUUCUUGCGAAUUGCAAAAUGGGUCCGAAGCCACCCGCUACGGUAGUUCCGAAGCAGAAGCCUAGGCGAGGGGUUACCAAGAAGAAGAAGGAAGAGCAAGAUUCACCAGACCUGGCGUCUCUUCAGCAAUCUCUGUCUCAACUUCAGACACAAAUGUCAGCAUUGGUGACUCAGCAGACGGUCCCACCACGUUCCAAUGGUCCUUCACCUUCAUCCAGCUCCCCAGUACUGAUUGACCUUUCAACUCCUGAACUCAGUACGUCUUUGAAACCACCCUCAUAUUUAUGUCUUCCUUCUUUGGAUAAUCCUACUUUAAAGUGUUUAUCUGACCGUCAUGGUUUCGUGAAUUUGCAUAAGUUGUUACCGAUCAACCGGGGAAUCGAAUCAGUCCCUGAAAAUACCAUGUACGUCCCAGAUACCGAUGGAAAGUUGAUACCAACUACGGCCCCGUCCACUCGGCGUAAAAUUGACAAUUUCAACAGCUGGUUAGACGCUUUUUUACUUUUCGCUCGCUUUCGUGUAUAUUUUCAUGCUGAUCUGGCUCUUGCUUUAUUCGCAUAUGCCGAUAUCAUUCGCGGUUUAUCGCUGUCACGCCCGUUGGCAAUUUGGAUGGAAUACGAUCGGCGCUUUCGCGAUAAGAUGAGCAACCGAGAUGUUCCUGAUUUUUGUUGGUUUACGGAAGAUUCUACUGUCAUGGCUGAAGUGUUGCGUGCCAUUCCUCUCCAUUCAGCAAAUCCGUUGUUCAGAUAUGCAGUUGCACCCGCGUACACUUCUUUUGGCAAACCACCAUUUGGUUGCUACAUCUGUCGUGAUCCGAAUCAUUACGCCACUGUCUGUCCUCAACGCCGUCAUUCCGCUGAACUGCCUUCCGCGUCUCAGCGUAAUGCACCUGCUGCGCCACUUCCUCGCGACUCGGCCGCUCCACAGCGUCAAAACCAGCCCUUUCGCGGGCCCCGCGUUGCAGUAUGUCGGGACUACAACGCGGGACGGUGCCCAAACCCGUGUCCCUCACGCCGCCUACAUGUGUGCGAACAGUGUUUUGACCCCUCCCAUAUCAAGAGUUUCCAUUCCAUCGAACCGCCUCCCACCUAUCCUCUUCGCAGUGUGGUUUGGGAUUUUAUUGCAGGUCUGCUUAAUGGUUUUUCUAUCGGUUACACUGGUCCAUAUGUUGCACGUUCCACUCCCAAUGCGCUGACUGCACGCCAGUAUCCGGAGAUCGUACGCCGGUAUAUCGCAAAAGAAAUCGAGCUGAAGCAUACUCUUGGCCCUUUUUUGUUUCCGCCGUUUGAGAAUUUUGUCUGUUCAUCGUUAGGAGUCAGACCAAAGAAAACCGGUGGUGCACGGUUAAUAAUGGAUCUUUCCCGGCCAUUCGGCAGUUCGGUUAAUGACUAUAUUUGCAAGAAAACGUAUACAAUGCGAUUCUGUUCUGUAGAUGACGCCAUACGGAUCAUCGUUAAAUUAGGACGUGGUGCACUUAUGGCGAAAAUGGACUUAAAACAUGCCUUUCGGCUUAUUCCGGUCCGUUAUGAAGACUGGCAUCUCCUGGGAUAUGUUUUUGAUGAACGUUACUACUUUGACGUCGUUUUACCUUUCGGCUGUCGUUCUUUUCCCGCGAUUUUCGACCGCAUGGCUACGUUCUUGGAGUGGAUAAUUGUAAACGUGUGUCAUUUUCGCGAUGUACUACAUUAUAUGGACGAUUUCUUUUUCGCCGGACCGGCUGGUUCAGUGCUGUGCCGUUUAGCCAUUGAACUGAUGACCUUGGUGUGUUCUGAUUUGGGCAUACCUUUAGCGCUUGAUAAAACUGAAGGUCCGUCUACGACAUUGACGUUUCUUGGUGUUGUGUUGGAUUCCGUAAACCAAACAAUAUCCAUCCCGCCUGAAAAGCUUAAGGAUUUGUCUGACGAAUUCUCCGUUUUCUCAGCUCGACCGUACUCCACCAAACGUGAUCUUCUUAGUCUCAUCGGCAAGUUAAGUUUUGCUACAAAAUGCAUACCAGCCGGUCGCAUAUUUCUUCGGAGAAUGAUCGAUUGUGCAAACUCCGUUAAACUUCUGCAUCAAACCGUGACCUUGACUACUGAAUUUCGUGCUGAUCUGAAUUGGUGGAUUACUUUUCUGUUGCUCUGGAACGGUAAAGCAUCAUUUAUUGAGGUCGACUGGACAGAUGCGGCGGAAAGCCUGAAUUUGUUCACUGAUGCAUCUCAUAUUGGGUGUGGUGGUAUUUUUGGUGAUCGUUGGUUCAAGUUAGUGUGGCCGGGUGAACUUUUGGCUCUACAUCCCCAUAUCACAUGGCUUGAGAUGUUCCCGAUUCUCUAUGCGUGCAGAUUGUGGGGAUCAAGUUUGCGUGGCAAAAGGUUAACAUUCUUCACCGAUAAUCAAGCCGUUGCAGCAGUUUGGCGCAAAUUUUCAUCCAAGCAUCCAGGUGUUAUGGCGUUGGUGAGAGCUUUGCAUUUUGAAGCAGCACGAUCCAACUUCCAUCAUCGUAUUCAUUAUCUACCGGGUAGAGAUAAUUUUGUUGCGGAUGCGCUUUCUCGCGAUCAGAUCGAGCGUUUCUUUUGCCUGCAUCCAUCAGCCAGUCCAAUUGCCGAUGAGCUUGAGCUCAACUUUGCAGACUUUCUUGACGGUUUAACCAAGCCUUGCAAGUGUCGUAAUCGUCGGUCAAAAAAAUGCUCGCGUAUUUAAGACACGUUUUCAUAUUGUCAUCAACUCCUUAUUACAAGCCCACCUUUCCACCUCCAGUCAGAAGGUUUACCGGAUUGCAGUCCGUGCAUUCCAUUCAUUUUGUAUGGCACAUUUUUAACUCGUCAACGCAUAACGUUAAUUCUACGCCAGUGCUUGGGACAUUCAGUUUCAUCUCACUCAUUCCGUAUCGGUGCAGCGUCCACCGCCGCCGCUGCUGGUUUAUCCUAUACGGACAUUCAAAU